AUGGUGGCUCCGGCCUCGACGGGAGGCAACUCGACUGGCGGACAGCCUCCGGCGAGCCGUCAACCCACCCGAUCCUCUAGCACCCACCCGUCGCAUUCUCACAAUGUACCCUUAAGUGCUCGACGGUCUACACCUCUCGACUUGUCCACGGUUGAGCGACGUGGACAGCCCAAUGCCCCUCGAGAGCCAAGUAAACGUAUCCGACCUCACGGUUUACAAGAGGCACCUACGUUUCGGCCGACUGAGGAGGAAUUCAAGGAUCCGGAAAAAUAUAUCCGUAAGAUAGCGCCCGAAGGCAAGAAAUAUGGAAUCUGUAGGAUCAUUCCACCAGAAGGCUGGCAACCGCCGUUUGCCAUUGACACAGAGCGAUUCCACUUCAAAACCCGCCGACAGGAGCUCAACUCGGUUGAAGGAGGAACCCGAGCAAAUCUAAACUAUCUCGAUCAGCUGGCCAAAUUCCACAAACAACAUGGGACCAAUCUCAACCGUUUUCCGAGCGUCGAUAAACGCCCUCUGGAUUUGUACAAGUUGAAAAAGGCUGUCGAGGUUAGGGGUGGUUUUGACCAAGUGUGCAAGAUGAAGAAAUGGGCAGAGAUUGGCCGCGAUCUUGGCUACAGUGGCAAAAUCAUGUCUUCACUUUCAACAUCGCUGAAGAAUUCCUAUCAGCGAUGGCUCCAACCAUACGAAGAGUACCUCCGCGUGGCUAAGCCCGGGGUGCAGCAACAAUUGGAGCUAGAACAUGGUGGCCCUUACACACCAUCACCUCAUCAGUCGCCUAUGGCUAAAAAGCCCAUGCCACUUGACAAUGGCACGUCACACAUGCUACCCAAGGGAACAAUGAGUGUCCCGCCGUCAGCUCCGCAGAGCACUCCUAGGGAGGUUGAAGCAACCCCAGAUAAACCAACACCUCCAAUUGAGCCGACGCCUUCUCGGCCAAUAGCUUCUGGGUUCACACCCGUGAAUGCUAGUUCGGGAUUUACUGCUGUCAACCGGUCGCCAUCUUUUGUAGCAGUAAACAACAAUCCGACCAUAAAGCGUGAAAUUGAGAAUGGCUCUUUGACACCGAAAAGUGUCGCCGAGCAUCCUUCAAUCUCGACUCCUGUCUCUAAUGGCCAUGGCCAUCACACAAAGCGCGCGAUUAGCCACGAAAGUGGUUCUCAAACUGAAAAUGGAGAUGACCCGAACGGUCGGCGUAGUAAGCGUCUUCGCAAAGAUGCGCCUUUACCUACAAUUGCCGGUUCACAUAUGAGUCUUCUUCGGCCCGCCCCGCCCCGGGCACGGAAGAGUGACGGCCGAAAGACGGGUGAUAAAUGUGAGAAUUGUGGCAAAUCCGAAGACAUCUCCUCGAUCCUGGUGUGCGAUAGUUGCGAGCAAGGAUAUCACAAGUACUGUCUUGACCCCCCUCUGACUACCAUCCCCGAAUACGAUUGGCACUGCCCAAAAUGCCUGGUAGGCACAGGGGAGUUUGGCUUCGAGGAAGGAGGAGUCUACUCGCUUAAACAGUUUCAAGAAAAGGCAAAUAACUUCAAAAAGAGUUAUUUCGCCUCAAAGAUGCCCUUUGAUCCUGUCCUCAACAGUCAUAGACGGGAGUCUGAGGACGACGUGGAACGCGAGUUCUGGAGAUUAGUGGAGAGCCUGACAGAGACCGUUGAAGUAGAGUAUGGUGCUGACAUACAUUCGACUACUCACGGUAGUGGAUUUCCUACUAUUGAACGGAAUCCUCUUGAUCCUUAUUCAGUUGACCCUUGGAACCUGAAUGUUCUUCCUUUCCACGGUGACUCAUUAUUCCGCCAUAUCAAGUCGGACAUCUCUGGCAUGACAGUCCCCUGGGUUUAUGUCGGCAUGUGUUUCUCAACAUUCUGCUGGCAUAAUGAAGACCAUUAUGCGUACUCAGCCAACUAUCAACACUUUGGUGCCACAAAAACUUGGUACGGCAUUCCUGGGGCUGACGCAGAAGCGUUUGAGGAAGCGAUGCGGCAGGCAGUCCCGGAGCUUUUCGAGGGUCAGCCUGAUCUUCUCUUCCAACUAGUAACCUUAAUGCCGCCAGAUCAGCUCAGAAAGGCUGGUGUUAAUGUGUAUGCGCUUGAUCAACGAGCUGGGCAAUUCGUCAUCACCUUCCCCCAAGCGUACCACGCAGGAUUCAAUCAUGGCUUUAAUUUUAAUGAGGCUGUCAACUUUGCACCUGCAGACUGGGAACCUUGGGGUGCAAUGGGUGUGGAGCGUCUACAGGAUUUCCGGCGACAUCCUUGUUUUUCGCAUGACGAAUUACUUUUAACAGCGGCAGCUCGUGAUGCAUCCAUUACAACUGCUAAAUGGUUGUCUCCGGCCCUUCAGCGGACCUGCACACGGGAACUUUCUGAGCGAGCUUCAUUUUUCUCUCGACAUCGGGAAGUUGCUCCGCACCAUUGCACGCUUGGUUCUGAAGAUGCCAUGGACAUUGGUGGUUGCCAGCUGAAGUUCGUAGUCGAAGAUGAGGACCUACCUGAAGAAGAUUACCAGUGCCAGUGGUGCAAAGCUUAUGCUUAUCUGACACAAUUUCGCUGCCAUAAAACCGGGAAAACCGUUUGUUUGUCACAUAUCGAUAUGAAUGUUUGUUGUGGAGAGCCACUAAAACAAAAGCUACUUGGGCCAGAUCACACAUUACGGUACCGAUUUAGUGAUGAGGCUCUGAAGGCCUUGGUGCAAAAAGUUCAGGACCGUGCCAGGAUCCCGGAAGCAUGGGGUGAGAAGCUCGACAAGACAUUGGAAGAUGAGCCUAGGCCACAGUUGAAGGUCCUUCAUAACCUAUUGAGUGAAGGUGAGAAAAUCCCAUACCAUUUGCCUGGUCUCCAAGAUCUUGCGGCCUUCGUCCAGCGCUGCGAUAAGUGGGUUGAAGAAGCAACCAACUAUAUUACCCGGAAGCAGCAAAACCGGAGGAAAAAUGAGAAGGCUUGGCGAAGAAGCAGUUCUAAAGCCGCGCAGCUGGAAGAACGUGAUCGUGAAGUUCGCAGAGUAGAAAAUAUCUACGCCCUUCUUGCAGAGGCUGAUAAACUGUCGUUCGACUGUCCACAGAUGGCUUCUCUGGAAGAGAAGACCCGCGAGAUCGAGAAAUUCCGCCAGGACGUUAACGUUGCCCUCAUGAACCCCCACAUUCGAUCGGUCCAGGAAGUUGAAGAUCUGGUGGAGUCCGCACGUAAUUUCAACGUGGAUAUCCCCGAGGUUGAAGGACUGGAACAUAUUCUCCGGCAAAUGAAAUGGAACGAGGAAGCGCGUCGGAAGCGCGAUCAAUACCUGACACUCAAGGACUGUCAAGAACUAAUUCUGGCUGGUGAGCAGCUGGGUUUGUCGGAUACCAACGAUCAUCUGGUCUACUUUAAGGAUCUAUGCCGCCAUGGUGAGGCCUGGGAAGCUAAAGCCAAAGAAUUGAUGUCUGUAGAAGCUGUUCACUACCAGCAACUAGAAGCCUUAUCUGCCCAGGCUUCUCGUUUCCCUGUCUCCCCUGAGACGCUUUCUGCAGUAGAUGCCAUAUUGACAAAACAGCGUGAAGCGCAGAAAAAAAUCCAGUCUCUGUAUGAGAGAAGCAAGGAUCCGGAAUUCAGGAACCGCCCCAAGUACAAGGAAGUCCGCGAACUCAUGGAGUCCCUUGAGGAGCUGAACAGCCGGCCAACUGGAGCCAUUGACCUGGAACGUGAGCAGAAGCGCCAUGAGGAUUGGAUGAGAAAAGGCAAGAAAUUAUUCGGAAAGGCAAAUGCCCCGCUACAUAUCUUGAAGUCGCAUAUGGAAUAUGUUGAAAAGAGGAACUCGUAUUGUUUUGAUUUGGAAGACCGCUGUCGACCCCCGGUCGAACCUUCAUCGCGAGAUAACACCCCCGAUGGUUUGUUAGACAAUAAUAAUAUCACACCUAGCAUGUGGGGCGGUGGGAAAUCACGGAAGCGAGACGUCUUCUGUAUUUGCAGACACUCUGAAGCUGGAAUGAUGAUCGAGUGCGAAGUCUGCCACGAGUGGUAUCACGGCAAGUGCCUAAAGAUUGCGAGGGGCAAAGUCAAAGAAUUCGACAAGUAUACCUGUCCUAUCUGCGAUUGGCGCCAAAAAAUACCCCGAGAUGCGGCUCGUCCAAAGCUAGAAGAUCUUCUAGACUGGCAGGCCGAAGUCGCAGGCUUGCCUUUCCAACCUGAUGAGGAACAAACCUUGGACAACAUCAUCAAUCAAGCAGUUGGUUUCCGAGACUUCCUCCAUGGCUUCACCAACGCCGCAUGCACCACGACUGAGGAGGUUCCCACAUUGAUAUUCUAUCUCCGAAAGAUAGAAGGCGCGGAGGUCUUGUUGGCGUACGAAACCAACUUCUUCCGACAAGAGAUCCAUAAAUGGGCUCCGGUAGCACCAGAACCGCCUCCGAUCCUGGAACAGUCUCUGUCGACUCGCAAGCCACGUCCAACAAAACAGCAAAAGAUUAUGGCACAGCUCGGCGUUGACCGCCCUGAGGAUCUCCCUCCUCAUUUGCGUACAAAACACCCCAGCCGUAAAUCUAUUGAUUUACAAUCGGGCAAGUCUUCCCUGCUUCCUGAAUCACAGACUUCGGGCGAUGGCUCAAAUUCCGAUUCAAAUCGUGGUGAACCUACAUUGGCCCCUAUGACUGAUGCCCAAAACCCGCCUUAUCCUUUCUCUGCCAAUUAUUCGCUUCCUGCAAGCGAUUCUACACCGGCAUUUGCUCCUAGCUCUUCUGCUUUCCUGCCACAUGUUGCCGCUCACUCCCCUUCAUUCCCUGCACGCUCCCCAUCUCCAAGUCAUGAAGGACUUGAUGCAUCUCUCUUUAGCUCUCCACGGUUCAAUAGGGACCCUGACGACGGACCACCAGGGGUCGAUGUUGAUAAUGAAAACCCCUUUGACAGCAGUCCUCGGCAGAAUCUUGACGAUGUCUUUGCAGAUUUGACAAAUCAAGAUGCAGAGCCCGAGCCGGAACCAGGGCAAGAGCCAGAGCUCAUGGAGAACACACAUGCUAAUGAGGCUCUGGAAGUACUUGAUGCGAGCAAUGGGGAUCGUUCUGAAACUCCGCAGGACGAGGAGCCACAGGACGAUAAGUCCAGUGCGGAAGUCAAUGGCGCAGUUGAGGCCGAUCGCAGUACAGAGGAUUUGUAA